UGCGCGAAUGAGGUGACUGUGUGUUCACUGCUUUACAGAGUCACAGGCGAUAUGUCUCUGCAAGCCGAUUACCGCUAUCCCUGACUUGUUCUUUUUCCACUGUGUUCACAGAUGAGGAGGUGGAGGUCAGCUCUGCGCGCGCUUAACAGAUAAUGUGACUUCUUCCUUACUAACGCUAGAGCUCCCGAGUUUUGCCCAUCCUACCCCGUAAACAGUGCGAGCUGGACGUUUGGGGCCGGCCGCCGCCGCUAGCCAGUAUCCUGGAUCACUCGACAGGAACCUGCUGCAGUGCACCCGGCAUUUGUGUUCCUUUGUUUCCACAUGUUCAUGUUCGUGACGACGAAGUUUCCUUUGUCUCUGCUGCCCUGUUGCACGUUAUUUGGAGGGAAUUGUACAGCUGUUAUAAGAAAAUCGUAAGACCACCGUGAGUCACCAGUGGCACCAUUUUAACGGUUCUUUUCGUGGUCACCUGCGGAGCUGUGUGUGCCCCUGCUGCGCCAGACCGUUGAGCCUGUUGCUUGUAAUUUGUGGUCAGUCGUCAUUUCAAUCACAUAAAUAUCACCAUUCUUUCUUUGUACAGUAUCUGUCAGGGGAAAACAGUGGGCGUAAAGUCUACUGAGAUGAACGUAUCCGGCCUCCGCAGCUCGGGCUUUUUGUUUUGACUGACUGGCACACCUGCAGACUAUGAACUGCAGUCCAUCGGUUAUUCACACCAUGGCUCAGUAAAUGACUUCUAAACCGCAUCCAGCCUUGCAAGCUUGCCGUCUCCCACUCUUCAUUCAGAGGUGGUGUCCGCAAAAUGACACCUGCGGAUUCCGAACAUCGUACACGGGCAAGGACAUCUACACCAGCGGUCUGGCUGAAUAUCGUGCUCAUCGUUUUAAUGGUCUCGAGCUCGUUCGCCACAUGCACAGCAUCAUCCAUGAGGGCAUCUCGCGAUGUGCACCCGGGGUUUGCUUUUUCGGACCAUGUUUGGUCAGCGUAUGUGCCUUCCAAUCCUGUCUCGCUUCAAGAAACCACAUGGAGCAAUGAACUGCAAUCCACGAUGCUGCCCGUGCUGGCUCGUCAUCCUCUCGGAGAAGGCAAAAUGCCAUGGACCGGAGCAGUUGCCACUGGAAAGGCUGGAGGCGACCUCAGGACUGGCGCUGCCGGUGUCUCAGACCCAAACGAUGGAGCAACGCAGGUAGAGCAAACCGAAGAGCCAAUGCUUCCCACGCACUUUUUGGCAUCAGUGAUUUCUCCAGUGACGACGUUCCUUUGGGCACUUGAUGGGGAUCUCAAGGGCUCGCUAGACAGUCUCGACAAGGCGCUGGCUGCGGACUCAACGCAAACGGCUUCUCGCUGGUCUCCGCUCCAUCUCGAUGCUCUGACGGAUCCCUCGCGAACUGAUGAUUGCCGUUUGGUGGAAAAGCGUACACCAGAGUCGCUGGAUACGUGCAAGAUCAUGGUAAUAGAAAUACCGAUGCCACCAUACGACUUGGGCAACAUCGCCAAAGACGCAUGGGAGAAAGCGACGUUUCCUGAAAGGCUGUUUGUGUGGGGUUUUGAACUCUCUUGCCGUUCUUACCUCGAAUGCUCGCAAAACAUGGACAAAACACGCCCGGACCUUUUCGAUGGCAUCUACUUGUACAAUGGCGUGGAUGCGUACGGAGCUCCCGUUUACAUCAAAGAGGUUUCCGACGAACUUGUAAUGUUGGAGGAUGGCUUGCGAAUCACGAAUAUUUUUCUUAUUUGCUCACUACCGGAUGCUGACGGCGCUUCUGGACAACUCCCUUGGGCUGCGAUUUUUCCCCAUGAGUCUAAUGCCCGUGAUUUCGAACGCAGACCUUAUCCAUUCGCGUACAUCAAUGAUGAUGACAUACCAGUCCCUCAGCAGUCUUCCGCUGGUGUAGAAAGUUCCGGGCAUACUGCGCAGGAUGCAUUACAGAUAUCACGACUUACGUACAGUCGGACCAGGUGGCACUUGGUUCCUCCGGGUGAAGCAACUCAAGCAAUCCGCUUUUUCCCAGCCAUCGUGAAAGUGAAACCAAUCUGAAGAGGCCUGAAGAGGAGGUUCUCUGUGUCAAUCCAACUCUUUUGAGUGACGAAAAAACACUUGUGAGACGUUGGCUUUGGGGAUAUCUCCAUCAUGAACGGCCGUAAAUUCAAUUCCUUCAAAGGAGGACGAACCCAUCGAGUCACAAAGCGCGUUUCCGAGAAGAAAAACUGGCGGCGAAAGAAACGUUGUUGCGUCAUGUUUUUGCGUAUCCGGCAAGCGGCACAGCUCACACACCACUUGGAUCAACGAUGAGCCAUAGCACAGAUGUCAGUGCAGAAAGCUUCCAGUUGUUGCUAUACCACACUGUUCUUUGUAAACCCUACGCGCAUGUUGACCUUGAGAACGCCAAUCGCUGAGAAGUUCUCAUUCGUACAUAUGAUGCCCCGAUGUACAAAAUAAGACUGUUCGUCAAUCAUGGUCUAUUUGACGCUGAUUGACUGAGACAGAGCGAGUUUUCCUUUCGUAUAAACCAAUGACUACAUACGCGUGUGCUUGCAACACCACAGACUGCGCCACGCCAAUCAAGUGCAGUCGCACCCCUGUGGAAAGGGCACAACCA